CCGGCGGUGGCGAGCUCGACCUCGGUACCCGCAUAUCCUGUCAGCUUCUUUCAAGGCAAACAGGUGGUCCCUGAGACCCGUCCGGACCCAUGGUCUCCCGUACGGCGCAGGGUGAGCGAUGCCAGCGUGCCAGGAGCCCUGUGUGACCAGGCCUUUGGGAUCUCGGAUCUGUGCUGGAGGCUCUUGUGAGGAGAUGAGUUGGUGAGCAGAGGCCGGGAUGAAGAUGCUGCCAGGAGUGGGAGUGUUUGGGACUGGCAGCUCUGCCCGGGUCCUGGUGCCACUGCUGAGGGCAGAAGGCUUCACUGUGGAGGCUCUGUGGGGGAAGACCGAGGAGGAGGCCAAGCAGCUGGCGGAGGAGAUGAACAUUACCUUCUACACCAGCCGCACCGAUGACGUUCUGCUGCAUCAAGACGUGGACCUGGUGUGCAUCAAUAUCCCGCCGCCACUCACCCGGCAGAUCUCUGUGAAGGCACUAGGUAUUGGCAAGAAUGUGGUUUGUGAGAAGGCAGCAACCUCGGUGGAUGCCUUCCGCAUGGUGACAGCCUCCCGCUACUACCCGCAGUUGAUGAGCCUGGUGGGGAAUGUGCUGCGCUUCCUGCCUGCUUUCGUGCGCAUGAAGCAGCUGAUUGCCGAGCAUUACGUGGGCGCCGUGAUGAUCUGCGACGCCCGCGUCUACUCAGGCAGCCUGCUCAGCCCCAGCUACGGCUGGAUCUGUGAUGAACUCAUGGGCGGUGGGGGCCUGCACACCAUGGGCACCUACAUCGUGGACUUGCUGACGCACCUCACUGGCCAGAGAGCCGAAAAGGUGCACGGGCUGCUCAAGACCUUCGUGAGGCAGAACGCCGCCAUCCGCGGCAUCCGCCACGUCACCAGUGAUGACUUCUGUUUCUUCCAGAUGCUCAUGGGCGGGGGAGUGUGCAGCACAGUGACGCUCAACUUCAACAUGCCAGGCGCCUUCGUGCAUGAGGUCAUGGUGGUGGGCUCAGCGGGGCGCCUUGUGGCCCGGGGCGCCGACCUCUACGGGCAGAAGAACUCGGCCUCGCAAGAGGAGCUGCUGCUGAGGGACUCACUGUCGGUGGGUGCAGGGCUGCCUGAGCCGGGGCCCCAGGAUGUCCCCCUGCUCUACCUGAAGGGCAUGGUCUACAUGGUGCAGGCACUGCGCCAGUCCUUCCAAGGGCAGGGGGACCGUCGCACCUGGGACCACACCCCUGUCGCCAUGGCCGCCUCCUUUGAGGAUGGGCUCUACAUGCAGAGUGUGGUGGAUGCCAUCAAAAGGUCCAGCCGCUCUGGGGAGUGGGAGAGUGUGGAGGUGCUGACUGAAGAGCCGGAUGCCAACCAGAACCUUUGUGAGGCGUUGCAGCGGAAUAACCUGUGAGCCAGCACGUGCAUGAUCCUCCCUGCCAUGGCAGAGGGCCUGGGAGGGGCCAGGGAACUGUGAUGGGAGUGCAGCUGCACCCAAGACUGCUCCAUUGGAUGAGUCAGCCUGGGCCAGGGUAGAGUGAAGCCACAGCCAGGGAGGCCCCGUCAGCAGCUUUUUCUCCCCUCUGACUUGCAGGGCACUUACCCUGCUCAGGGCUGGCCCAAGCCCCCUUCAGGCCUCUUUAUGGUUAUCCCAGUGAGCCCAGGCCAGCAUGAGCCCACCUUGUGGGCUCCUCUGCCUGGUCUCUGGUCCCACCCGGCUGAAAACGCACAGCCGGGAGCUCAUAGGGCUGCCUCCUAAAGCCUGAGGAGAAGUGACAGAAGCAGGCAACCAGGCCUUUCUUGGCUGCAGCGUCUCAGGAAUGGCGAGGGCAGCCAGUCAUCACUCAGGGAGCCUCCCCUGCCCUCCCAUGCAGCCAGCCCCAGGGCUUUCCCUCUCCUUUUCUCCUCAGAGAGGCCAUGUUUCGUAGCUCUGUACUCCUUAGGAAGAUAGCCUCUGAUAUGGCAGGAAGGAGACAAGGUAGUGCUCUAGAACAUUAGGAAAUGCCAAUAAAUCAGAAAAUGCAGCCUCCUGGCACGUGGGGUGGUUUAUUUCAAUGGUCAGAUAGCUUUUCUAAUCAAAGCCUUCUUCAUUACUGUAGAUGAUUUUCUCUUUCCUCGUGGCUGCACAGGAAUCCAUCCAGAUGUGGUGGGCCACACAGGCCCCCACCACUGCCCACCACCAGCCUCUCUCUGAACCUUGGUUCGUCUCCGAGGGCCAAAUCCCAGGAGCCCUCCACAGCAAAGGGUUUCUCUGGAGGAUGAGACUCCAGGCUGGCACAUGGCUGUUUGAGGCCUGUGGCGGCCAGAUGCUAUGAGAGCUGAAGGCAGGAGGGGUUCUGUUCCUACACUGUGGCCUUGGCUCCAGGGGAGCCCCCCUAGAAGGUAGGUGGGGUCGAUCCUGAGAGCCUCUGGCUCCCCCAGCCUGCCCAGCUG